UGUUGGCCUUCACACCGUUCACUCUUCAAAGUGGGUUGGUAGUAGGUGAAGAUUUUGAGAGAGAGAAAAAUGGCGACGAAAACUGUGUGUGUAACAGGAGCUUCAGGCUACAUUGCUUCAUGGUUGGUGAAGUUUUUGCUGCAGCGUGGUUAUACUGUUAAAGCUACUGUUCGCGAUCACAGUGAUCCAAAAAAGACAGAUCACUUGACAUCCCUUGAUGGAGCUAAGGAGAGACUCCACUUGUUCAAAGCAAACCUGCUGGAAGAAGGUUCCUUUGAUGCUGUUGUUGAUGGGUGUGAAGGUGUAUUUCAUACAGCAUCUCCUUUUUAUCAUGGAGUCAAAGAUCCACAGGUGGAGCUGAUUGAUCCUGCUCUGAAGGGGACACUUAAUGUUCUUGGAUCAGUUGCAAAGACAGCAUCUGUUAGAAGAGUGGUUUUGACAUCAUCUGUUGCAGCAGUUGCUUUCAAUGGCAAGCCAAGAACGCCUGAAGUGGUGGUUGAUGAGACAUGGUGGUCAGAUCCUGACUUUUGCAGAGAAUCACAGCUCUGGUAUGUGCUUUCGAAGACAUUGGCCGAGGAUGCUGCGUGGAAGUUUGUGAAAGAGAAAGCUUUUGAUAUGGUUACAAUAAACCCAGCAAUGGUUAUAGGUGGUUUGUUACAACCAACACUCAAUACAAGUUGUGCUGCCAUCUUACAAUUGCUAAAUGGUUCUGAAACAUACCCAAAUGCUACACUUGGAUGGGUUAAUGUGAAAGAUGUUGCCCUCGCACAUAUUCUAGCAUUUGAAAACCCUUCAGCUAAUGGUAGAUAUAUAAUGGUUGAGUCAGUUGCACACUACUCUGAGAUAGUAAAGAUAUUACGGGAGCUUUACCCUACAAUGAAGCUUCCAGAAAAGUGUGCUGAUGAUAAGCCAUUUCCACCAAAGUACCAGGUUAACAUCGAAAGAGCCAAACAAUUGGGUGUUGAAUUCACUCCCUUGGCUGAAAGCAUCAAAGAAACUUCUGAAAGCUUGAAAGAGAAGAAAUUUUAUUGAGAUGCACAGCCUUGUGAAUGAAUCUGCAAAUUUUAGAGAACAAGCUUCUGUAUUUUGAUAUAAUAUCGUUAAUGUCCACCAUCCCUUGAAAAGAUUGAUAUAAUAUCGUUUUGUGAUCCAGAAUUUUAAUGGUGUAAAUGCUUCGUGGAUGUAGUAGAAAUAGCUUGCAUCCCUUGUAUCGACGGUUAUCUUGGUCUGUUAAAGCUACUUUUAAGCCAUGUUAUCUUUUGAAUUUGGAAGUCAUAUGUGUUUGUUAUAAUAUUUAGCAUCCUACUAUUAAAUGUG